AUGGCGGCAGCUAUUAAGGAAACCGUAUCCAACCUGCUCCAUGGUCAUUCCGACAACACUCCUCGUCAGCCUUCCCCUGAAGAGUUCCAUCAACUACAACAGAAGUAUACCGAUGCCGGGCAGGGACAUGUCUUCAAAUUCGUCAAUCAAUUAAACCAGGUCGAGAAGGCUCAGCUCUUCCAUCAGCUGAGCAACUUCGACCCUAACCGGAUCAAUGAACUGGCCGACAAGGUCCUGAACCCCGCCAAAACUCAGGAUGGUCCCGUUACCCUCGAACCCCUCCCUGAAGUGGCUACUGCCUCUAUAAUGGACUCCGACCCGAAGGACAUUCAGCGGUGGUACGAUGAAGGUCUCCAGGCGGUGUCGGAGAACAAGGUUGCCGUGGUCUUGAUGGCUGGUGGACAGGGUACCCGCUUGGGAAGCUCAGCACCCAAGGGCUGCUUCGAUAUUGGUCUACCCAGUCAGAAGUCCCUCUUCCAGAUUCAGGCAGAGCGUAUUGCCAAGCUCCAGCUCUUGGCACAAGGAACUUCCGGCAAGGAAGCCAUUAUCCCUUGGUAUGUCAUGACCAGCGGGCCUACCCGCAAGCCCACGGAGGAGUUCUUCGAGCAGCACAAGUAUUUUGGACUGGACAAGAAGAACGUCGUCAUCUUCGAACAGGGUGUCCUGCCCUGCAUUUCCAAUGAGGGUAAGAUUUUGCUGGAGACCAAGUCUAAGGCUGCUGUUGCCCCUGAUGGAAAUGGCGGAAUCUACCAAGCCCUCAUUACCUCUGGAGUGCGUGAAGACAUGCGGAAGCGUGGUAUUGAACACAUUCACACUUACUGCGUCGAUAACUGCCUAGUCAAGGUUGCCGACCCCGUCUUCAUUGGUUUCGCCGCUUCCAAGAAGGUCGAUAUUGCUACCAAGGUGGUCCGUAAGCGCAAUGCUACCGAGUCGGUCGGCUUGAUCCUUCAGAAGAACGGCAAGCCUGAUGUGGUCGAGUACUCCGAAAUCGACAAGGAGACGGCCGAGGCUAAGGACCCCAAGCAGCCUGACGUGCUGAAGUUCCGUGCCGCCAACAUUGUCAACCACUACUAUUCCUUCCGCUUCUUUGAGUCCAUCGAGACUUGGUCCCACAAGCUGCCUCAUCACGUUGCUCGUAAGAAAAUUCCUUGCGUGAACACCGAGACUGGCGAGAGCUUCAAGCCUGAGAAGCCCAACGGUAUCAAGUUGGAGCAGUUCGUCUUCGACGUCUUCCCGUUGACUCCUCUGGAGAAGUUCGCAUCCAUCGAGGUACGCCGCGAGGAUGAGUUCUCGCCGUUGAAGAAUGCCAGGGGCACAGGUGAGGAUGACCCUGACACUAGUAAGCGCGACAUCAUGAACCAGGGACAGCGCUGGAUUGAGAAAGCCGGCGGUGUUGUUGUCACCGAAGGCGAGGCCGUCGGAGUUGAGGUCUCCCCGCUGAUCAGCUAUGGUGGUGAGGGGCUUGAGUUCCUCAAGGGCCGUGAGAUUAAGGCCCCUGCUGUGAUUGAGAAGGAAGAGUAA